AUGGGCCGGCGGCGGCUCUGCUGGGCUCGGCGCUGCUGCCUCCUGUCUUUGUGCCUGGGCUGCCUGGCUCUGUGCGCUCAGGGGGCGGCCGGCAGGCAGCACCGACCGCCGCCGCUCCGGCCGCAUCCCCGCGCUCCGCCCGCGCACCGGGAGGACGGCACCGGGAGCGCCGCCGGCCGGGUCCGCCGGCGAGGACAGCAGGAUGCGCUUCGAGGGCCAAAUAUCUGUGGUUCCAGAUUCCGCUCCUACUGUUGCCCUGGGUGGAAAACACUUUCUGGAGGAAAUCAGUGCAUUGUUCCAAUUUGCAGGAAUAGCUGUGGUGAUGGAUUUUGUUCCCGUCCCAACAUGUGCACUUGUGCCAAUGGGCAGAUAUCACCCACGUGUGCAGCAAGACCUGCCCAGCAGUGCAGCAUCAGCUGCAGGAACGGCGGGACGUGCGUGGAUGAGCAGUGCCAGUGCCAGAAGGGCUUCUCUGGUGCUCACUGUGAGCAGCCUGUCUGUGAGAGUGGCUGUCAGAACGGAGGACGCUGUGUUGGACCCAAUCGUUGUGCUUGUGUCUAUGGCUUCACUGGCCCUCAGUGCCAAAGAGAUUACAGGACAGGCCCGUGCUUCACCCAGGUGAGCAAGCAGAUGUGCCAGGGCCAGCUGACGGGGAUUGUGUGCACCAAGUCCCUGUGCUGUGCCACCGUGGGGCGAGCCUGGGGCCACCCCUGCGAGAUGUGCCCUGCCCAGCCCCAGCCCUGCCGCCGCGGCUUCAUCCCCAACAUCCGCACCGGCGCCUGCCAAGAUGUUGAUGAGUGCCAGGCUAUCCCUGGGGUCUGCCAAGGAGGAAACUGUGUUAAUUCAGUAGGUUCAUACGAGUGCAAGUGUCCUGUGGGCCACAAACAGAAUGAAGCAACUCAAAAAUGUGAUGAUAUUGAUGAAUGCAGUGUCAUCCCAGGGAUUUGUGAGGGUGGUGUUUGCUCCAACACUGUGGGGAGUUAUUUCUGCAUCUGCCCUCAGGGUUUUGUCACAUCUGUGGAUGGAUCCUGCACCCCUGAUCAGAGAGCAGGCAGCUGCUUCUCCAGCUCUGCGAGUGGCCGCUGCGUGCAGGAGCUGCCCGGGAGGCUCACCCGAAGGCAGUGCUGCUGUGAGUCUGGCUACUGCUGGGCCAGUGGCUCUGCCCCAGAGCUGUGUCCUGCCAGAGGAUCUGAUGACCACCGCAGGCUGUGUGUGGACGGUGUCCCUGCCCGAGGCGGCGCCCGGCGCGGCGGAGCAGGAGGGAAUGGGUUCCAUCCCGGGGGAAAUGGAAAUGGAUUCGGACCAAGAGGAGCUGGCUUCAUCCCAGUCCCAGGAAGCAAUGGGUUCUCCCCGGCUGCGGGUGGAGCAGGGGUAGGAGCAGGUGGUCACAGCUCCACUGGAAGUGGCCCGAUCAUUACGGGGCUGACAAUACUCAAUCAGACAAUUGACAACUGCAAGCACCAUCCCAACCUUUGCCUGAAUGGACGCUGUAUACCAACCCCCUCUAGUUACAGAUGUGAAUGCAACAUGGGAUAUAAGCAGGAUGCAAAUGGGGAUUGUAUAGAUGUUGAUGAGUGCACAUCAAACCCCUGCUCCAACGGGGACUGUGUCAACACACCUGGUUCCUAUUACUGCAAGUGCCACGCAGGUUUCCAGAGAACUCCCACCAAGCAAGCCUGCAUUGAUAUCGACGAGUGUGUUCAGAAUGGUGUUCUUUGUAAAAAUGGGCGUUGUGUGAACACUGAGGGAAGCUUCCAGUGCAUUUGCAAUGCUGGGUUUGAACUGACUACAAAUGGAAAAAACUGUGUGGACCAUGAUGAGUGUGCCACAACAAACAUGUGCUUGAAUGGGAUGUGCAUAAACGAGGAUGGGAGUUUUAAAUGCAUCUGUAAACCAGGAUUUGUCCUGGCUCCAGAUGGACGUUUCUGUACUGAUAUUGAUGAAUGCCAGACAUCAGGAAUUUGCAUGAAUGGUCAUUGCAUAAAUACUGAAGGCUCAUUUAGGUGUGACUGUCCACCUGGCUUGGUUGUUGGAGUUGAUGGUCGUGUGUGUGUAGAUACUCACGUGCGUAGCACAUGCUAUGGAGGCAUCAGGAAAGGGCUGUGUGUCCGUCCCUUCCCUGGUGCUGUGACAAAGUCUGAAUGCUGCUGUGCCAGCCCUGACUAUGGCUUUGGAGAGCCGUGCCAUCCCUGCCCCGCUAAAAACUCAGCUGAGUUCCAUGGCCUGUGUAGCAGUGGAAUAGGUAUUACUGUUGAUGGAAGAGACAUUAACGAGUGUGCUCUGGAUCCUGAUAUUUGCUCCAAUGGGAUUUGUGAAAACCUGCGAGGCAGCUAUCGCUGUAACUGCAACAGUGGCUACCAGCCUGAUCCUGCUGGAACCAAUUGCGUGGAUGUUGACGAGUGCUCUGUGAACGGGCUGCUGUGUGACAACGGGCUCUGCCGGAACACCCCGGGCAGCUACAGCUGCUCCUGCCCCAGGGGUUACCUGUUCAGCUCGGAGACUGACACCUGUGAAGAUAUAAAUGAAUGUGAAAGCAGCCCAUGUGUCAAUGGUGCCUGCAGGAACAACCUUGGGUCGUUCCACUGUGAAUGUUCAUCUGGCAGCAAGUUGGACCCUACAGGACUGAUUUGUAUUGACAGCCUGAAGGGGACUUGUUGGCUUAAUAUCCGAGACAGCCGCUGUGAAGUCAACAUCAAUGGUGCCACGCUGAAAUCUGAGUGCUGUGCUACUUUAGGAGCAGCCUGGGGCAGCCCAUGUGAACGGUGUGAAUUGGACACAGCUUGCCCAAGAGGAUUUGCCAGAGUGAAGGGUGUUACCUGUGAAGACGUGAACGAGUGCGAGGUUUUCCCUGGGGUUUGUCCCAAUGGGCGUUGCAUCAACAGCAGAGGCUCCUUCCACUGCGAGUGUCCCGAGGGGCUGACCCUGGAUGGAACAGGGCGAGUGUGUUUAGAUAUUCGCAUGGAGCCGUGCUACCUGCGGUGGGAGGAGGAGGAGUGUGUGCAGGCAGUGCCCGGCAGGCUGAGGAUGGAUUCCUGCUGCUGUGCCGUGGGAGCUGCCUGGGGCUCCUCCGGCUGCCAGCGCUGCCCCGCGCCCGGCUCCCAGGAACACCAGGACCUGUGCCCCAGGGGCCCCGGCUUCUCCAACCGGGGCGAUGUUCUCACUGGAAGGCCGUUCUACAAAGAUAUCAAUGAAUGUAAAGUGUUCCCUGGCAUGUGCAUGAAUGGUAAAUGUAGAAACACAAUUGGAAGUUUCAAAUGCAGAUGCAACAGUGGGUUCACUUUAGAUAUGGAGGAAAGAAACUGUACAGACAUUGAUGAGUGCAGGAUCUCCCCAGACUUGUGUGGAAGUGGCACUUGUGUCAACACUCCUGGCAGCUUUGAGUGUGAGUGCUUUGAUGGUUAUGAAAGUGGAUUUAUGAUGAUGAAGAACUGCAUGGAUAUAGAUGAGUGUGAACGCAACCCUCUGCUGUGCAGAGGUGGCACCUGUGUGAACACUGAGGGCAGCUUUCACUGUGACUGUCCCCUGGGGCAUGAGCUGUCACCAUCCCAGGAGGAAUGCUUGGAUGUAAACGAGUGCUCGUUGAGCGACAGCCUCUGCAGGAAUGGGAGGUGUGUGAACAUGGUUGGGACCUACCAGUGCUUCUGUGACUCUGGGUACCAGCCCACUCCCGACAGACAGGCAUGCACAGAUAUUGAUGAGUGUAUGAUAAUGAAUGGAGGCUGUGACACCCACUGCACUAACUCAGAAGGCAGCUAUGAGUGCAGCUGCAGUGAUGGCUAUGCUCUGAUGCCAGAUGUCAGGACAUGUGCAGAUAUUGAUGAAUGUGAAAACAAUCCAGAUAUCUGUGAUGGUGGGCAAUGUAGCAAUAUCCCAGGGGAAUAUCGCUGUCUCUGUUAUGAUGGAUUUAUGGUUUCUAUAGACAUGAAAAGUUGUGUUGAUGUGAAUGAAUGUGAUUUGAAUUCUAACAUCUGCAUGUUUGGGGAGUGUGAAAACACCAAAGGCUCCUUCAUUUGUCACUGUCAAGCUGGGUAUUCAGUCAAGAAAGGAACCACAGGGUGCACAGAUGUGAAUGAGUGUGAAAUUGGAGCUCACAACUGUGACAUGCAUGCCUCUUGUGUCAACGUGCCAGGAAGUUUUAAAUGCAGCUGCAGAGAAGGUUGGGUUGGAAAUGGCAUUAAGUGUAUUGAUCUUGAUGAAUGCUCCAACGGGACCCAGCGGUGCAGCGCCAAUGCCCAGUGUGUGAACAGCCUGGGCUCCUACCACUGUGCCUGUGCAGAGGGAUUCACUGGAGAUGGCUUUACGUGCUCUGAUGUUGAUGAGUGUGCAGAGAAUGUCAACCUGUGUGAAAACGGGCAGUGCCUGAACGCCCCCGGCACCUUCCGCUGCGAGUGUGAGAUGGGGUUCACUCCUGCCUCCGACAGCAAGUCCUGCCAAGACACGGAUGAAUGCUCCUUCCAGAAUAUUUGUCUGUUUGGCACCUGCAAUAAUCUCCCAGGAAUGUUUCGUUGCAUCUGUGAUGAUGGCUAUGAACUCGAUCGAACUGGGGGAAAUUGCACAGAUAUUGACGAAUGUGCUGAUCCCAUUAAUUGUGUUAAUGGUCUUUGUGUAAACACUCCUGGAAGAUAUGAGUGCAAUUGUCCUCCAGACUUCCAGCUGAAUCCUACUGGAGUGGGUUGUGUGGAUAACCGUGUGGGCAGCUGCUACCUGAAGUUUGGACCAAGAGGGGACGGGGGCCUGUCCUGCAACACUGAGAUUGGGGUUGGGGUCACUCGUUCCUCGUGCUGCUGCUCGCUGGGAAAGGCUUGGGGGAACCCCUGUGAGACCUGUCCCCCUGUCAACAGCACUGAAUACAAUACUCUGUGUCCAGGGGGAGAAGGAUUCAGACCAAAUCCCAUCACUAUUAUUUUAGAAGACAUUGAUGAAUGUCAGGAGCUGCCAGGUCUCUGCCAAGGGGGAAAUUGCAUCAAUACUUUUGGCAGCUUCCAGUGUGAAUGCCCAAAAGGUUACUACCUCAGUGAAGAGACAAGAAUCUGUGAAGAUAUUGAUGAGUGUGUUGCACACCCUGGUGUCUGUGGUCCUGGCACCUGCUACAACACCUUGGGGAACUACACCUGCAUUUGUCCACCUGAAUAUAUGCAGGUGAACGGAGGACACAACUGCAUGGACAUGAGGAAAAGCUUUUGCUACAGAAGCUAUAAUGGAACUUCCUGUGAGAAUGAACUGCCCUUCAAUGUGACCAAAAGGAUGUGCUGCUGCACAUACAAUAUUGGGAAAGCCUGGAACAAACCCUGUGAGCCGUGUCCAACUCCAGGAACAGUUGAAUUCAAGAGCCUAUGCGGAAAUAUUCCUGGCUUCACUUUUGACAUCCAUACUGGAAAAGCUGUUGACAUUGAUGAGUGUAAGGAAAUCCCAGGAAUCUGUGCCAAUGGAGUUUGCAUCAAUCAGAUUGGCAGCUUCCGCUGUGAGUGCCCCACUGGAUUCAGUUACAAUGACCUGCUUCUGGUCUGUGAAGAUAUUGAUGAGUGCAGCAACGGGGACAACCUCUGCCAGAGAAAUGCUGACUGCAUCAACAGCCCUGGGAGCUACCGCUGUGAAUGUGCUGCUGGCUUUAAACUGUCCCCCAACGGUGCCUGCAUUGAUCGCAAUGAAUGUCUGGAAAUUCCUAACGUUUGCAGUCAUGGUUUGUGUGUGGACAUGCAGGGAAGCUACCAGUGCAUAUGUCACAAUGGCUUCAAGGCAUCCCAAGAUCAGACUAUGUGCAUGGAUGUUGAUGAGUGUGAACAGUAUCCAUGUGGAAAUGGAACCUGCAAGAACACAGUUGGAUCAUACAACUGCCUGUGUUAUCCAGGAUUUGAAUUAACUCGUAAUAAUGAUUGUGUGGAUAUUGAUGAGUGCAGUUCCUUUGGUCAGGUGUGCAGAAAUGGACGGUGCUUCAAUGAAAUUGGUUCUUUCAAAUGUUUGUGUAAUGAAGGAUAUGAGCUGACUCUGGAUGGCAAGAAUUGUGUUGACACCAACGAGUGUGUGGCGCUGCCUGGUUCGUGCUUUCCUGGUACCUGCCAAAAUUUGGAAGGAUCAUUCAGGUGCAUCUGUCCACCAGGAUACGAAGUAAAAAGUGAAAGUUGCAUUGAUAUUAACGAGUGUAACGAGGAUCCCAACAUCUGCCUCUUCGGGUCCUGUACCAACACCCAGGGAGGUUUCCAGUGCAUCUGUCCCACGGGUUUUGUGCUGUCUGAAAAUGGGCGGAGGUGCUUUGAUACUCGUCAGAGCUUCUGCUUCACCAACUUUGAGAAUGGGAAGUGCUCAGUGCCAAAGGCUUUCAACACCACAAAGGCCAAGUGUUGCUGCAGUAAAAUGCCAGGAGAAGGAUGGGGUGAUCCUUGUGAGCUCUGUCCAAAGGAAGAGGAAGUUGCUUUUCAGGACCUGUGCCCAUAUGGUCAUGGAACUAUUCCUGGAAUUGAUGACACACGUGAAGAUGUCAAUGAAUGUCUUGAAAGCCCAGGAAUUUGCUCCAGUGGUCACUGCAUCAACACUGAUGGAUCGUUUCGCUGCGAGUGCCCCAUGGGCUACAACCUGGAUUUCACAGGAGUGCAUUGCAUAGAUACAGAUGAAUGUUCCAUUGGCAACCCCUGUGGAAAUGGAACGUGCACUAACGUGGUUGGCAGCUUUGAGUGCAGCUGUCACGAAGGGUUUGAGCCAGGCCCAAUGAUGAAUUGUGAAGAUAUCAACGAGUGUGCUCAGAACCCCCUGCUCUGUGCCUUCCGCUGUAUCAACACUUAUGGUUUCUAUGAAUGCACCUGCCCAGUGGGAUAUGAGCUAAGGGAAGACCAAAAGAUGUGCAAAGAUCUGGAUGAGUGUGCUGAAGGUCUCCAUGACUGUGAAUCAAGAGGCAUGAUCUGCAAAAAUCUGAUUGGUACCUUCGUGUGCAUUUGUCCUCCUGGGAUGACCCAGAGGCCUGAUGGAGAAGGAUGCACAGAUGAAAACGAGUGCCGCUCCAAGCUGGGUGUCUGUGAAAACGGGCGUUGUGUGAAUGUUGUUGGCAGCUACAGAUGUGAAUGUAACGAAGGAUUCCUGUCAAGUCCAUCAGGCACUGAGUGUCUUGAUAACCGCCGGGGGUUUUGCUUUGCUGAGGUUCUGCAGACCAUGUGCCAGAUGGGCUCGAGCAGCCAGAACCUUGUCACCAGGUCCGAGUGCUGCUGUGACGGGGGCCGGGGCUGGGGGAACCAGUGCAGGCUCUGCCCCCUCCCCGGAACCUCCCAGUACAAGAAACUCUGUCCACAUGGAUCAGGCUACACCACAGAUGGAAGAGAUAUUGAUGAGUGUAAGGUCCUGCCAAACCUGUGCAGGAAUGGGCAGUGCAUUAACACCAUGGGCUCCUUCCGGUGCUUUUGCAAAGCUGGCUAUACCACUGACAUAACUGGCACAUCUUGUAAUGAUCUUGAUGAGUGCUCCCAGUCCCCCAGACCAUGCAAUUUUAUCUGCAAGAACUCAGAAGGGAGCUAUCAAUGCUCAUGUCCCCGGGGCUAUGUGCUUCAGGAAGAUGGAAAGACAUGUAAAGAUCUUGAUGAAUGUCAAACCAAACAACACAAUUGUCAGUUUCUCUGUGUCAACACCCUUGGAGGCUUCACAUGCAAAUGUCCACCUGGUUUUACACAACAUCACACAGCUUGUAUUGAUAACAAUGAAUGUGGUUCUCAUCCAACACUGUGUGGAUCAAAAGGAAUUUGUCAAAACACUCCUGGAAGUUUUACCUGUGAAUGUCAAAGGGGAUUUUCACUGGAUUCUACUGGAUUAAACUGUGAAGAUGUGGAUGAGUGUGAUGGAAACCACAGGUGCCAGCACGGCUGUCAGAACAUCCUGGGUGGAUACAGAUGUGGGUGCCCACAAGGAUUUGUCCAGCACUACCAGUGGAAUCAGUGUGUUGAUGAAAACGAAUGCUCCAAUCCUCACAUGUGUGGCUCUGCUUCUUGCUACAACACCCUGGGAAGUUACAGGUGUGUCUGCCCAUCGGGGUUCUCCUAUGACCAGUUCUCCCAUGCCUGCCACGAUGUGAACGAGUGCUCUUCUGCCAAGAACCCCUGCAGUUAUGGCUGCUCCAACACCGAGGGUGGUUACCUCUGUGGCUGCCCACCUGGCUAUUACAGAGUUGGACAAGGACACUGUGUCUCGGGGAUGGGAUUUAACAAAGGCCAGUACCUGCCACUGGAUGGAGAUGCUGAUAAAGAAAAUGCUUUGUCCCCUGAAGUGUGUUAUGAGUGCAAAAUCAAUGGCUACUCCAAAAAAGACAGCAGGAAGAAGAGAAGUGCUAACACUGAGCGGGUGAGCUGGGGAAGCCUGGAGAGUCCCCUGAAGGUGCGAGUGGCCAUGUCCAGGCUGGGCGGCCGGGAGCCCAUCCUGGAGCUGCGGCCGGCCCUGGGGCGCCGCGUGCGCUACGCCAUCGCCCGCGGCAGCCGGCGCGGAACCUUCUGGAUGCUCCUGAGGGACGGCGCCGGCCGCCUGCACGCCGCCAGGGGCCGGGCGGCACGCGGGCUGCACGCCCUGGACAUCACCAGCACGGCCGUGCCUGAGGAGGACGGAAGGCCGCAGGGCGGCCAUGGGGGCGGCGGCGCCCGAGGAGAAGCCCUCAGGGUGCGGCUGUGGCUGCACCUCUACUAGUGCUGUUCUCCAGACUUCCUUGUGUCCACACACCCCGCAACAGCUGUUUGCAAGGAGAACCCGCCGGGAAAAGUGUGUUUUGGGAGAGGACGGCAGAGGGGAAGAGCCCUUCUUUCCAUCCUGCCAACGCUGGAGGGUGACUUCAAACCCUGCCAAAACUUCUACUUACAAGGGCAAAUCAUGGUUACUGUGUCUUUUAUAUAACCUCGAUUUGAAGUGUAUUUUAAAAGCUAAAGUUCAAGAAGUCAUCAUAUGGCACUAAAUGGUACAAAAAAAUGUGAGCUUUUUUUUUUUUUUUUCUUGUUAGCAAUCUGUAACACUUUGGGUAUUUUGCUAUAGUUCCUAAUGAGAAAAAAAAUUAUAGAAGUUUAUUUAUUUUUAAUGCAGUAAUAUAUGGAAAAAAAAUAACAAAUUAUGUAAACAAAAGGGAAACUUUCUUGUUUUUCUUUAGUUUUAUAAAUUUGAGGUAUAACAUUUUAGAGGUACUUUUGUAAUCAAGAAAAAAAGUAGAUUUGAAAGAUGGUUUCUUUUCUAUUUGGACCAGCAUCUAAACAGUAUUAAGUAAUUCUAAAAUAUAUCAGAGCUGAACCAUCAGUGUAGUAGGAUAUUCUGAAGUGGGAGAUUGUAAAGUGUCCACAUAGUAGGAUAUUCUAAGGUGCUCUUGCAAAAAAAAAAGGGGAAAAAAAGUCAUAGAGGACAAG